AUGGAGCAAGUCUUCUUUUUUAUUUUCCUGUUUUUCCUCACCUUAUCCAUCUUCCUCACCAUCCUUGCAAAAGCUAGUGAAACGAAAAGAAAGAAGAUGCCACCGGGUCCACGACGCCUUCCCGUCCCUAUACUCGGCAACCUCCAUCUUUUCGAUGCCAACAAGCCUCAACAUUCGCUUCUUAGUCUCUCAAAUAAAUAUGGCCCUCUUAUACUCCUCCAAUUUGGAUCCAUUCCCACCCUACUCAUCUCGUCCAGCGACAUAGCCGAGGAGAUCUUCACCAACCACGACCUCACUUUCUCUAACCGUCCUGCACUCUUCGUGCCAAAGAAGCUCUUAUACAACUUCUCCAGCAUGGCCUUUGCUCCCCACAAUGAUAUGUGGCGUCAAGCUCGCAAGAUUGCCACGCUUGAGCUUCUCAGCCUUCAAUGUGUUCGAUCAUUUGAAGUAAUACGAAGGGAAGAAGUCGAGAAACUUGUAGCCGCCAUCAAAGAUGUCUCAGUAGCUAACUUGAGCAAGUUGACACUUUCGUUCUCAAACAAUGUGGUUUGUCGAGUUGAGCUCGGUGAUGAGUUUGGAGAUGGUGGAAAAGAAGGGGUAUGCCUUCAUGAGUUAAUUUAUGAGACCCAAAGUUUACUUGGUAGUUUUUGUGUUGCGGAUUACUUUCCUGGGAUGGAGUGGGUUGAUCGUUUGAGAGGCUUUCAUGAGAGGUUGGACAAGCAUUUUGAGAAGUUGGAUAAAUUUUUUGAUAGAGUUAUUCAGGAGCAUCUUAAGUGCCGAGAAGAAGAAGAGGGGAGCGAAAAUAUUAUCGAGAAUGGUGACAAGCAACAAAAUGAUUUCGUAAAUAUAUUGUUAGGGCGACAUAAGGUUGCUGUUCAUCAUGGAGGUUUUCUAAGCAAUAUAGAUCAUGUCAAGGCAACCUUACUUGAAACAUUUAUGGCUGGAACAGACACAUCAGCAGCUACAAUAACAUGGACAAUGACGGAGCUGAUGAGGAAUCCGAGAGUAAUGAACAAAUUGCUGGAAGAACUGAGGCAAGCAACUGAUGGAAAUGCUCGCAGACUCAUCCAAGAAAGCGAACUCGAAAAGCUUGAAUACCUCAAGAAAGUGAUAAAGGAAUCGCUGCGGCUAAGACCUGCUGCCCCACUCAUUCCACGAGAAACGACUCAGCUAUGCGAAAUCCGAGGAUAUAUCAUCCCUGCAAAUACCCGUGUUGUCUUCAACGCUGCCGCCAUUUCCACAGACCCAAAUGUUUGGGAGAGACCGCUAGAGUUUUGGCCAGAAAGGUUUGACGGAAGCAGAGUGGAUUUCAAGAAACGAGAGUUUGAGUUUUUGUCCUUUGGAUCGGGGAGGAGAAAGUGCCCGGGGUUCAACUUCGCAAUGGUGGUUGUGGAGCUUGCUUUGGCGAAUCUCCUCCACUGUUUUGAUUGGUCAUUACCGGAUGGAAUGAAGGCCGAAGAUAUUAACAUGGAUGUGGCGGUUGGACUCACGGCACAUAAGAAGGAGGCACUUCGCCUGGUUGCUAGACCAAAAUGGUGA